GUUGAAUGGAGACGCGUCUUUGUGGCAAAUGUGAAAACAUUCUAGACGUAAAGCGAUUUAUUUGCAGUUAAAGAUCAACCUUCCUAAGGAAACCAAGUGUGAACUAUUGAGCCCAAGAAGAUGGAAGAUACUUGACUGACAUAAUCUGCUCCAGGCAAAACUGGGUCCAGAGCUUAUCAAGUGCAAUCUUAAUAUUUAUUAAUAUACCAAAGAUCAGCCAUGUCUGCGUCCGUCGACUCCCAGACGUACUACAAGAAUCGCCUUGACAAGUUCAAAUCCCGGUCGAACAGGAUCUUCAACCGGGCUCAGAACCUAAACCGAACAUUGGACCGGCAGCUGGAAGCGUCAGUCAAGAGCCUGGCGACCAACCGUGACGUCAAUAUCCGUCGUGACCAGGAGAAGAUCUGGAUGGUGACGGGAGCUGGACUUCAUCCACCGAAAUACUCCAGUGCCAAGGAAGAUGUGCCUUCGUAUCUUCAAAAGCAAGCGCAUGCGACUUUGCCAACCCCGCAAGAACUCAGCUCGCUUUUACCAAACAAGAAGGCAAAGGAGAGGACUCAAUCGGCGGGAAAUUAUAGACAGCUCUCCAAGAGACGGCUAUCGUCCAUGAAGUCAAUGGAUUUGAAUAUCAUCCAUUACCGUAAAACAUUGGAGAGCAUGCGGGAAAAGGAAAUACUACCGCUUUAUGAGAUUAUCCAGGGGAACGAAGGUGGUGAUGACGUCGAUGGUGAUGUGGGUGUUGGUGGUGUUGAGCAGAAGGAAGCACUACCUAAUGGGUCACUGUCUGUGAGUACCCCUUACAUACGACCAAAUACGGCGAUACCUUCAUCAUCAAGCAGUAGACUUAGUCAGCCAGAACGACCAAAGACAUCGAUACCUGACGCAGCCAGACGCAAGAGACGCGAGUCCGUUCCAAAUGCAACGGCCUUAAUGAUUGAACAAGCGCAGGAUCCAAAAAACAAAGUCCUAAGGACAAACUUCCUGGACAUGUACAAGACGCAAAUGGCAAAGCACCAGCGAAGAAUGUCCGCUAUCAAAGAUAAACGCUCGCCGAAGGCUACAGCAAUUACAGAAGACCCGAGCGAAAGACCUCGUACCGCUGGCCCGACGAUCGCAGAGGAGGACGAAGAGGACGAAAGAAGCCAAAGCCCAGGGUUCAUGUCGGAUACGUCUGCUUCCAAUCGCCGGAAAAGUCUGCGGCAGAGGCUCAGGCGAACCAGCUUGGCCGCCGUUUCUGGCAUGAACACUUUGCAUAAAGAGGUCAAAAGCUUCCAAAGCUUCCGGAAGUUCAAGAAGGAGAGCCUCAACGUCCUGGAGAAUGAUAUACCAAGCAUUGAGGACCUUGAAGAAGGAGAGUUGUUCGAUGAGAUGCGGAAGUGUAGGUACAUCCGAUGGGGCGAAGAUGAGGAGAUGGUCGAGAAGUUAAAUGAAGACCAACCCCUCACCAAUCACUUAAAGAGGUUAUCUAUUGAUACUACGAAGAGACCGAAAAGAUUCCUUAAGAAACUAAAUGAACAACACGAGCCUGGAUCUUGAUUGAAAUCGGGAUAUGAAGUCUUUGAAUAAUUUUACUUAUACUAAAACAAUUCUUUGCAUCAGGGGUGGAUACAGGAUUUCAGAACGGGGAGAGGACACAUGAUAUUUUAUUAGAAAACAAAUUUACAAAAACACAAGAACGGGUCUAUUUCCAUCCACACCAAAAUAGUGGUUGAGGGCACAUGUGAGGGCUGCACUGUACACUAAAGGGCACUAUUUUUGGUAAAAAGGAUGGUUAUGCUGACGAAUAUUCUAGAUUUUUUUGUGUAUGUUAGCGUUGUUGGCUGGUAAUUGAAACUUUGAAGGACGACGAUGUGCCAAGAGAUACAAUUUUCUAAAAAUUGUUUUAUCCUUUUAGUUCCUGAAUCAAAUUUGCUCUCGUGAACGGUCUGAAACUGUCUUUCAAAGUACAAGCAAUAUUGCACAACGAUGCCCAUGGAGGUACACUGUGGCAGGAAUGAAGGGGGGUGGAUAGGGGCAGGGGCUUGACUUACCCACUCCCUCCCCUGGAUCGCCAAGAGCUUCCCCAUACAUAUCUUCGUAAAAUGUGCACAAAAUCCUUUAAAGGUCAAGUCCACCCAAGAAAAUACUGACUUGAAUAAAUACAGAAAAAUCAAACUCGCAUAAUGAUGA